AUGGACGGUCGACAACAAGAACGCAUAUUGCACUGGUUGGAGGAGGAGGAAGAGGAGAUUCUUGGUGGAGAGUAUGAUGAAGAUGGAAAUCAUAUAUACCCGGACGAAACAAGCGAACACAACACGGAUUCAGAGCAAGAAUGUGAUGAUGGUGAUCCAGAAACCCAGGAUCAUGUGUCAGAAUCGUCCGAAGACCAACAAAUGGAUGUAGAUAGUUCGGAUAGUGAUGAUAAUGAGCCAUUGAUCCACAUAACAAGGAGACAGAAUAUAGUUACAGAGCAACCAGGCCCACAGGGUACAGCUCGGGCGGUGAGUAACCCCUUUGAAUCUUGGCUUUUGUUUUUGGACGUUGAUAUGUUGCAGCAUAUUGUGGAGUGCACGAAUAUAAAGAUAGCAUCUAUGCAGACAAAUUACGAGAGGCAGCGUGACUGUGAGGAGACCAAUAUCAUUGAGCUAAAAGCGUUGAUUGGUAUUAUGUAUCUAAUUGGUAUUCAUAAAUCGUCACAUGCUUUGAUUGAUGAUAUUUGGAUGGCUGAUGGUACGGGGUUAGAUAAAUGCCGUGCUAGUAUGUCCAAGCAACGUUUUCGUUUUUUAUUAAGAGUCCUCCGAUUCGAUAAUAUUCAUACACGGGAACAACGCAAAGCCGUUGACAAACUGGCGCCAAUAAGAGAGAUAUUUGAGCAAUUUGUAAAAAAUUGCCAGAUAAAUUACAAGAACACUGAAUAUGUUACUAUAGAUGAAAUGUUGGAGAGCUUUAGAGGCUCGUGUGGAUUUCGCCAAUAUAUGCCAAGCAAACCAGCUAAAUAUGGCAUAAAGUUGUUUUCUCUAGUGGAUGCCAUGACAUUCUACACAAAAAACUUAGAAAUAUAUGUCGGAAAACAGCCAGAAGGUCCCUACUUUCAAGAUACUUCAACAAAAGCUCUUGUCAAACGAAUGAUUGAACCAAUAUCAGGUACAGGACGAAAUGUGACUAUGGAUAACUGGUUUACUAGUGUUCCAUUAGCUGAGGACCUAUUGACAAAUCAUAAUUUGACAGUAGUGGGUACAUUGAGAAAAAAUAAACCAGAAAUUCCAAGUGAAUUCAAGCGAAAAGGCUUGCAAGUACAUUCCACAGCGUUUGGAUAUAAACCGACAGAGACUUUGCUCUCAUACUGCCCAAAAAAGGAUAAAACAGUGUUACUACUUUCAACUAUGCACAAUGAGGGUAUAAUAGAUGAGACAUCCGAGAAAAAGAUUCCAGAAAUCAUAAUUUUUUAUAAUAAAACGAAAGGUGGAGUGGACGUGGUGGACAAACUUAUCGGAACUUACACUGUUGCACGCGUUUGCUACCGAUGGCCGUUGAGGUUGUUCUUUACAAUGCUCGAUGUUGGAGCGGUAAAUGCCCACAUAAUAUUGAAUACCGUAAAUCCUAACAACCGAAUAGGUCGCAAGUUAUUCUUGAAAACGCUAGCAUUCGAACUAUGUCGUCCUCAGUUGGAAUCGCGGGCCACUAUAUCAACUUUGCCACGCGAAUUGAAACAGCUUAUUCUGCGAUUCGUACCUCGUCCCGUGGAUGUUCCUCACGAAGAUACUGGUUUCGUACCUACGAGGAAACGACUGCACCAGGGGAACAGAUAG